AUGCACGAUGCGCAAACUAUAUCAACCACAGACGAGCAACCCGCGUGUGCCGCACACGACCGCCCCGCGGCAAACUAUGGUUUGGCCUCACCAAGUCAUCCAAACUGUAACCCCAGAUCAAACUGCCGGGACCGCGAGAUCCAAGUCCCUUUUUUCAGACUGCGCAUCAUGUCAAGGCAGUACGGGCUCAUACGGAGCUUUGGGAUCAUGUUGUCGAUGUCGGCCAAACCGCGAGGUGCUUCCCAAGUCUGCAACCACGGCCUCUGCCUCUGUCCAUCAGAACCACUGACAGUCCGCUCCCUACCAUCACCACCCUGA